AUGAGCGACGCGGAGGAAACAAAGGUCUGCGCCGCCCUAGUGACGUAUGUCGUCUUAACCGAGGACGAGGUCCUCAGACGGCAGGCGGAGGACAUGGCCGGCGUUGCCGAGGUCCUCUCGAUCCCGGCGGCCUUCGCGGCCUUCCUCCUCCGGCGGUACAAGUGGAUGCCCUCUAACCUCCAGGACGACUGGUUCUCGGACGACCGCCGCGUCCGCGACGCCGCCGGCCUGCCUGCUGACUGCGCCGCCCCCGUCGUCGCCACGGCGCUCAGCCCUCGUCCGCUCGUCUGCGCCAUCUGCUUCCGCCGGUACCCCGCCGGUGCGACGAGAUCGGCGUCGUGCUCCUCCCACUUCUACUGCAACAACUGCUGGCGCGGGUACGUCGGUGCCGCCGUCGGCGACGGCCCCCGUUGCCUCUCGCUGCGGUGCCCGGACCCGGCCUGCUCCGCCGCCGUCGUCCGUGGCCUCGUCGACGCGGUCGCCGGGGCCGCCGACAGGGAGCGGUACGCGCGGUUCGCGCUCCGGUCGUACGUGGAGGAGAGCGGUGGGCGCAUCAAGUGGUGCCCCGGCGCCGGGUGCUCCCUCGCCGUGGAGUUCGUGGGCUGCGCCCGCUACGACGCGACGGACGUGUUCUGCAAGUGCAGGCACGGCUUCUGCUGGAGCUGCGGCGAGGAGGCCCACCGGCCGGUGUCGUGCGGCACGGUGCACGCGUGGCUGGCGAAGAACAAGUCGGACUCGGAGUCGGCGAACUGGGUGCUGGCCAACACCAAGCUCUGCCCAAAGUGCCGGCGCGCGAUCGAGAAGAACAACGGCUGCAACCACAUGAGCUGCCCCUGCGGCCACCACUUCUGCUGGCUCUGCUUCAAGCCGGCGGGGACUCAGGGGCACUACGCCUGCGAGGGCGACGUCUACCGGCCGGCGACGCAGAGGAAGAGCAAGGAGAGCAAGGAGGAGGCGACGGCGCGGCAGGCCAGGGCGUCGCUGGACAGGUACCUGUUCCACUACGAGCGGUGGGCGGGCAACCUCAAGUCGCUGGAGAAGGCGCGGCAGGACAUGGACAAGCUGGAGAGGUCGGAGCUGGAGGAGAUGGCGGCGGCGGUCGGCAUCAAGGCGGUGACGGAGCUCGACUUCGUGACGGAGGCGUACAAGGAGAUCGUGUAUGGGCGGCGAGUGCUGCGGUGGGCGCACGCCUACGGCUAUUACCUGGACCCGGAGCGCGACGGCAAGAAGAGGGAGCUGUUCGACUACCUGCAGGGGGAGGCCAACUCGUCGCUGGAGCUCCUGCACAAGUGCGCCGAGGUGGACAGGAAGGACAUCUUCUGCUCCGGCGGUGAUAGCUCCAAGGUGAUGAAGAAGAAGGUGUUGAAAGAUUACAGGAUUAGGAUGGUCAACUUGACGGUAGCGUCGAGGACCUUCAUGGGGAACCUUGUCAAGGCUUUUGAGAGCAAUCUCUCCGAGGUCUAUACAAUGAACUUCUAG